AUGUCAAAGCGGCCUCCAGGUUCAUUUUUUCGCAAUAGAAAGCAGAAGAUAGAAGCUGAAAAGAUACAAUUAGCAAAACAGUGGGAAAAAACGCGGAAAAACUGGUUAAAGUGUGAAAAUGUGGAUAAGUCUGAAGAUUCUUUGGAUGUUGAUGUCAAUGAAGUAAAUAUUGAACAACAUGAAAAUGAAAACACGAUUAUAAAAGAACCAUUACCAUUGAUAAGUUGUAAUAGCAAUUUAAAUGAAAAAAUUACUAAUGACGAUUCUUUGGAUGUUAAGAUAAAUGAAAAAAAUAUAACUGUCAAUGACUUAGAACUCAUAACAUUUAAUAUAAGUGAGAAUUGUCAUCAAGUUAAUAAUGAGAAUACUUUUGAGGUAUCUUUAGAAGGUCAAAAUAAGUAUGAACAUUUUAAAGCCACACAUUAUCCUGAAAUUGUAUUUGACAGUCCUCGUUCUUGGUCUCCUGUUAAUGAUAAACUGCGCUGUAUACUUAUUCUUCAUGGACCAAAUCGAGGGAUGACAGCACCUAAACCGUUCAAAAAUCAUUGGUUUUUUAAACAAAUGAAUAACGGUGAAAAGUGUGACAGAACGUGGAUGAUGUAUUCUGAACCUAAUGAGGCGAUUUUUUGUUUUUGUUGUAUUUUAUUUGGAACUAAAUCAAGUGCAUUAACAGAUCCUAAACAAGGUUUUACAAACUGGAAAAAAAUGGAACGUUUAAGGGAACAUGAAAAUUCUUCAGACCACGUUAAAAAUUUCCUUGAAUGGAAAAUGUUUGAAAAAAAAUUAAAACAUGGUGGAGCUAUUGAUGACUGCUUACAAAAUCAAAUAAAAUCGCAAGUAGCUAAAUGGAGACACAUUUUAAAAGCAAUAUUGAAUGCAAUACUGUACUGUGCCAACAAUAAUUUAGGAUUAAGGAGACAUUCAGACAUACCUGGGAGUCCAUCCGCAGGUCACUUUCUUAAUUUGUUAAGUUUGAUUAGUAAAUAUGAUCUAAUAUUAAAGGAACACAUUGAUUCACAUAAGAAAGGUUCUAUAAAUUACUUUUCUCAUAAAAUUCAAGAUGAGUUUAUAGCUUUGUUGGCCAAAAAAGUUCGAAAUGAAAUUAUACAUCAAAUUAAAUCUGCUAAAUAUUAUACAAUAAUGUUUGAUUGCACACCAGAUGUAUCUAGAACAGAGCAAAUGAGUCAAGUUAUAAGAUAUGUUCGUGUCACUGGUGGUAAAGUAUUUGUAGAAGAAAGUUUCUUAGGCUUUAUAGAGUCUCAUGAAAAAACUGGUAAUGGUUUGACUACUGAAAUAUUACAUCAGAUAUCUCUAGAUAGUUUAGAUAUUCAAAAUUGUAGGGGCCAAGCGUAUGACAACGGAUCAAAUAUGGCAGGGAAGUACAAUGGGGUUCAAGCAAAAAUUUUAGAAAAAAAUCAAUUAGCAACAUUUAUACCUUGUACAGCACAUUGUUUGAAUUUAGCAGGUGUAAAUGCUGUAGGAUCAAAUAAACAAAUGCAGCUAUUGUUCGGUAAAAUUCAACAACUUUUUAAUUUUUUUUCUGGUUCUACCUUACGUUGGGAAAUAUUGAUGAAAUCAUUGAAAGUAACUCUUAAACCCUUUUCGGAUACUAGAUGGUCCUCUAAAGCUGCUGCGGUAAAGGCCCUUUAUAAACAAUUACCUGAUGUGAAAUGUGCUUUGAUUAAUAUUAUUGAAAAUGGAAAUCUUGAAUCAAAACCAAUUGCAAAAAAUUUACUUAAUUUAGUGGAUCAUGAAUUUAUUUGUCUAUUAACGGUUUGGAAUUCUAUACUAUCAAGUAUUGAUUGUGUAAAUGUAUUUCUUCAAAAAAAACAAUAA